UACAAUUGAGAAUCCUAUGGUUUUUUUAUCUUUCAUCAACAAACUUCCACCGUCCAUUUCUCUUUCCCUUUCAAUUCCCAACAAAGAGAAACCCCCACGUUCUCAUCUCAUCUGAGCAACUUUGCAAUAAUAGUACAAAGACUCUUAUAUUAAUGAGCUCCACUAUCCUCCCUCUUUCCAUUCUAGACCUUUCUCCUUCUUUCAUCAUACCCAACUUUACCAACUCAAUCAAUGGCUUCUUCAAUCUCUUCCAAGGCGUUUUCUUCUCUCAAGCUCUUCAAUCAUAGAUCUUCCCAUAACAAAUCUCUCUUACCUCUCAAUCUCUCUCAUAAAUACUCUUUUUCUUCUCAGAAUCUCAAACUCAAACAUUCCUCCACAUCUAGAUCGGUCUCCAAGAACAUCACCACCAGUGCUAUCUUCUCCAACAAAUCGAACUCCCGACCCGAUCCUCCUACUCCCACUAAAGUUCAAGAACUGUUCGUCUAUGAAAUCAACGAACGAGAUCGCGGAAGCCCGGCGAUUUUAAAACUAAGUAAAAAAGAAGUAAGCGCGCUUGGCGAUCUUGUUCCAUUCACCAACAAGCUCUACAGUGGAGACUUGCAGAAGCGCAUAGGCAUCACCGCAGGUUUAUGUGUAUUGAUCCAACACGUACCGGAGAAAAAGGGUGAUCGUUACGAAGCCAUUUACAGCUUCUACUUUGGGGACUACGGUCACAUCUCAGUUCAAGGAGCUUAUUUGACUUAUGAAGACACCUACUUGGCGGUGACUGGUGGGUCUGGAAUUUUUGAGGGUGUUUAUGGACAAGUGAAGUUGCAGCAGCUUGUGUUUCCUUUUAAGUUGUUUUAUACUUUUUAUUUGAAGGGUAUUCCUGAUUUGCCUAAUGAGCUUCUGGGAACACCGGUGGAGCCGUCGGCCGCAGUUGAACCGUCUCCGGCCGCUAAGGCUACUGAGCCUCACGCUACUAUUCCUAACUUCACCAACUAAAGUAAAGAUCAGAGUCUUAUAUAGUUAACAUAAUUAAGGUAGCUAUUAGUUGGGGAAGCUAUUGUGUUCAUGUAGUUAAUUUGUGGUUUUAUUUUAUCUUUGUUGGAAGUCAAUGUUUGUGUUUGAAAUAAGUUCCUAUGUGUUGGGAAAUUGAUUCACUUGAUUUCUAGACGAA